AUGGACGCAUUCACUUUCCUCCUCGAUAUCGCUGCGCCGCUCCCGACCGAGGAGUCCGAGACGAGCCAGCUACGUCUGCACGAUCGCCUGAGCACCGCGCUCGGCACCCACUUCAACGUCUCUGCUCACAGGAGCGAGACUACGGUUACCCCCGGCUGCAUCGGCGAUUCGCCGCCCCCUCCGUUUCGCCCCUUCUCGCUGCAUGCACACACCAAGAUGGCGCUGUGCGCAUUGGCGACACGCAUAACUUAUCCACACUUCGUUCACGACUCUGCAUUGUACUUUACCACAUUCACUCUGAUGGACUCUGGGGACGCGGCGUUGGGCCGCGCCGCUGCCGGCAUGGGCCGGCGCGCUCAGCGCCCCUUUCUGCAGGACGGCCCCGGGGACACCGACCUACUCGUCGCGCGCUUUGCCUGGUCUCAGCGCAUGGUCCGGAUAGGAGCUGCGCUCAAAGCGACUGAGGUGGAGCAGGAGCCUUCCUGCCAGGACUCGGGCCGCCAAAUCUCUAAAGCGUCAGGAGUGGUGUAA